AGUUCUUCCCGAUUCAGUCAGAAGAGUGUCUCUGAACCACUCGAUUCACCGAUUCAGCGUUCUCCAAUUUUAUCUAUCGUAAUAAUUAAUCCAGUGAUCGGUAAUUUUAUCGGAUCCAGAGGAAUUCACCAGGUGGCUUUUAGAUUCAAUCGGCAUCCGGACAUUUUGUCGGUGGAGCUCAGCCCAGGGGGUUGACAGACCCAUUUUUUUUUGUGUGAGGUGGACAUUUUUAAAAUUUAACAAGUAAAAUAUGUCUCGUGGCUGUAUGAGUCCAAGCGCUAACCGGUUGCAAGAUCUUAAAAUAGUUUCUCCGGCGUAGGUAACUUGGAAUAACGUGAGAAAACAUCAAGUUGGAGUUUAACAAGAGCUAAUUCAAUAUAUCCAGGACACGAUGACGUGGAACCGAGUACUGAUUCUCGUUGGAAUCACAAUAAUCUCUACAACUCGAUUCACCUGCGCCUGUAAUGAAGCCAUUUGCGCAAGUGUUGUGAGCAAGUGCAUGCUUACUCAAAGCUGUAAAUGCGAUCUUGUCACGUGCACGUGUUGCAAGGAGUGUUUCUCAUGCCUGUCCUAUCUGUACGACGAGUGCUGCUCCUGUGUUGAUUUGUGCCCGAAGCCCAACAUAACGGAUAAUCCACUCAGCAAAAAGUCUCACGUCGAGGAUUUCAGUGAGCCUGUUCCUGGUCUUUUUCAGGCACUCACUGCUGAACCCGAUCAGCACGAGAGGUGGAUGACAUUUACGUAUCCUGUGGAUUUCGAUGUUUCCAUGUAUCAACCCAAACACGAGAGAGAGAUUAAAUAUCAUAUGCAAACCGUCGAGGACGAGGUGCAUCACCCUCUCAAACCAAAUAUAAUGACAGUAAACUGUACAGUCGCGUACAUGGCGCAAUGCAACUCUUGGAACAAGUGUCGUGCAUCUUGUCAAAGCAUGGGAGCAACGAGUUACAGGUGGUUCCACGAUGGCUGCUGCGAGUGCAUCGGUGACACGUGUAUAAAUUAUGGUAUCAAUGAAUCGAGAUGCAUUCAUUGUCCAGCUGACAAAGAGGAGGACGAAGUGAAAGAGCCGUACGACGAUUAUGGCCAGGACGAUGAUGAGCUCGUUGAUGAUCUCGACUGAUUCAAGUGGAGAAUCCAGUGGGGAAAAGAGAAAUCAGUGACCUGCAGUUUUCAUUGAUCCGGUGACAAUAGCUCUAUGAAUUUCGUGCUGUUUUUAUUCUCUGAUUUUAUUACUAGAUUUGAAUUUUUUAUACGAAAUUUUCAUUCGUACGAUGUUGAUGAUGGCGUGAGCAGUGGGUGAUUUUUAAUAAUGGAACUCAACCCUUUGGAAGGGUUGAUUAUUCUUUCUUUUUUUUACGUUUUUUUUUAUCGGCGUGAAAUUAUGGAGAUCUGGGGAACAAUUCGUCCAAGCGAAUGGCUCAAAGUCACUUCGUUUUUGUACAGAUUGAUUUGACAGUGAAGGAUAAUUGUGCAGUGGCUUGAAUGAUUGUAUUUUUUUUAUUGUCAAUCGAUGGUUUAGAACGUAUGAUUCUGUUUUUCUUAUCGUCAUUGUAAUUAUUUAUCGUUCUGAGGGUACUAGUGCCAUAAAAUACAAAAGAAAAAUUUGUACAUACGAUUUUAAACGUGUGCAUCACGAGUACGUUGAUCCAAGAUAUAUAGAAAAUAGUUAUAUAUAAUAUAAGGUAAUAAAAAAUAUCAAGAUUCUCCCUAA